UGCUUGCAGGGCGCUGCGUUUGAUCCUGCCCGGCCGCCAUCGCUCGCCUUUGGUCCCGGCCGGAGGCUCUCUCGCAUCCAGGCGAGAACAUGGAGGCGUUGCUGCGGCGGGAGUUGGGCUACGGCUCGGUCAAGGCCACGGGUCAUUCGGGAGGCGGGUGCAUUAGCCAGGGCCAGAGUUACGACACGGACAGAGGACGAGUGUUUGUGAAAGUGAACUCCAAGGCGGAGGCUAGACGGAUGUUUGAAGGUGAGCUGGCAAGUCUAACUGCGAUCCUGCAAACAGGCACCGUGAGAGUGCCCAAGCCCAUCAAGGUCCUGGACGCCCCAGGAGGCGGGAGCGUGCUUGUGAUGGAGCAUCUGGAUAUGCGGUCUUUGAGCAGUCACGCUGCGACGCUUGGAUCCCAGCUGGCAGAUCUGCACCUUGAUAACAAGAAGCGUGGAGAGACACUCCUGAAGGAGGCUGGCACAGUGGGGAGGGGGAGUGGGCAUGCAGAACGGCCCUUCGUGGACCAGUUUGGAUUUGACGUGGUGACGUGCUGUGGAUACCUCCCCCAGGUGAACGACUGGCAGAAAGACUGGGUCACAUUCUACGCCCGGCAGCGCAUCCAGCCCCAGAUAGACAUGGUGCAGCAGGAGUCUGGGGACAGGGAGGCCCUGGAGCUCUGGGCUGCUCUGCAGUUGAAGAUCCCCGACCUGUUCCGUGAUCUGGAGCUUGUCCCGGCCUUACUCCACGGAGACCUCUGGGGAGGAAACGUGGCAGAGGAUUCUUCUGGACCCAUCAUUUUUGACCCGGCUUCUUUCUACGGCCACUCGGAGUACGAGCUGGCGAUAGCCGGCAUGUUCGGGGGCUUCAGUAGCUCCUUCUACUCUGCCUACCACAGCAAAAUCCCCAAGGCCCCAGGGUUCGAGAAGCGCCUGAAGCUGUACCAGCUCUUUCACUACUUGAACCACUGGAAUCAUUUUGGGUCAGGGUACAGAGGAUCCUCCCUAAACAUCAUGAGGAAUCUCGUCAAGUGAGCUGGCGUCCCUGCAAGGAGCCUCCACGUGGACCUGGUUCUCGCCAGGGCCGGUGGGGCUCUCGUUUCUCCAGGUUCUCCUCGUUGUGUGUUCUUCCCAGUUUUCCCAGUGACUGGAAUAGCGUAAGACCCACUCGGUAGCUUAUUUCCAGGCCGUAAAAGGUACAAGGUGUCUCCGAGGAAAGGUUUGGCCAUCCUGAAGCUACACACUGUUGGGCUUCACAGCUAGACAGAGCCACGCUGGGGAGAUGGACAGAGGGGCCUCUGAGGCCCGGUGCCUUGGGCCUUGCUGCUGCUCCAGAGGCAGAGAACCGAGGGAGGCCACCGCGUGGGGAGGGCACCCGGUGAGCAGGGACGCGGCCAGCGUGCGUGGCUCUGCCGCUACCUCCUGCUGCCCUCGGGUCCAGGGCCAUCUCGGAGCUGUUGAAGGUGAUGCCUUGUGAUGGGUCCGAUGGGUCCAGAAAGCAGCCUACUCUGGUUUCAAGAAGGACGGCUGCAGGCUGACCACAUUCCGCUUUCUCUCCGCAUUCCUCUGACCUGCUGCAGGCCGAGCACUGAGAACGGCCCUGCUGCUGCCAUCCCCGGUGCUGUCCCCUGAAGCUUGGUGGCUUUGCUCUGCAGCGUACCCAGUGAGUGCUGACCAGUGAACUGCUCGAGUGGCCCUGCUGCCGAGAGCGCUCUGCAUGGACCGGCUGGGUGGGCUCAGUGGUUUCAGUUCCCUCUUGUCUCAGUUUGCUCACAAGACUUUAAUACAUGGUGCCAACAAGUAGGUCUGACUUGUUUCACGAAACAGCAA